UGUCAGUGUCCAUCAGUGCCACAUCAAUGCCACAUAUCAGUGCCUACCAGUGCACAUCAAUGCCACCCAUCAGUGCCAGUCAGUGCCACCUAUCAGUGCUGCCAAUCAGUGCCACCUAUUAGUGCCAGUCAGUGCCGCCUAUCAGUGCCAUGUAUCAGUGCUGCCUUUCAGUGCCCAUCAGUGAUGCCUGUCAAUGCCCAUCAGUGCUGCAAAUCAGUGCCGCCUAUCAGUGCCAGUCAGUGCCGCCUAUCAGUGCCAGUCAGUGCCACCUAUCAGUGCCAGUCAGUGCCACCUAACAGUGCCAGUCCAGUGCCACCUAACAGUGCCAGUCAGUGCCGCCUAUCAGUGCCACCUAUCAGUGCCGCCUAUCAGUGCCAUGUAUCAGUGCUGCCUUUU